GCGGUACGUGUGCAUCACUCUCGGUUUUUCCGUGGGCUUUCGCGCGCUUGUUUAUCAUCGUAACAAAGGCCCAGUGUAAAUGACUGUCCCUCACUAGAUUUGUUGACAUCGUGAUAUGAAAGUGAGUUAUCGAAUAAUCCAUUGGGCAUUGAAAUUGUCGAUAAGUGUACGCAUAAAGAAUCAUCGGAAAAUUAAUCUCGGAUGGUGUAGAUCAUCGAGUGUAAUUGCAUAAAUCGUCAGCAGCUUCCCCGCCCCCCGACGCCGUACAAAACAAAAUGGCUAUCGGUAUUAUUGCCGCGCGGUACAGCGGCAACUGUUUUUCGUGAAUCAUUCUCACCGGCAUUUUACUGUUCAUCCUUCACCUUUUGCUCCAUUUUCAUCACUUCGGGACAGUCUGUGGGCAUAAUGCUGUUCAAUCCGGUGAAUGGACAGAAGAGGGAGAAUAAAAGUUUCGAUGAGUACCAAUAAGAGAGAGCGAUCUGAAGUGCUGGGGUGGUACAGGAUCUCGGAGGAAUCCGCAUCCCUCGGGGCUAGUUUUCCUCGUUGAUUUGCACCGGGCUCUCGUCUCAAUUCUGUUUACACCGGGGACUUCACCUUUUUCUCCCUUCCCUGCUCUUUUAUUUUGUCCAUCAUUUGGGAUUGGAGUGCCGGGGCUAUUUUCCUGAACAAUAAUAUCACGGAAAUAGCAAAUGGAAUAAUAUCGUGGGCUAUUUCAGUCGAUGAAUUUAUUUUAACUGUGAAAUUUCUUUUCAUUCGGUGUGAGAGUUGUGUUUACUUUAGCGGUGAGUGAUUCAGUGAAUUAAGUGAUAAGUGACUGUUGUGUAUUGGCCUAGACUGCUCGAUGCUCUUGUGUGGUUAUUAAUUGUCGACGGUGUUAGUGGGGAAUAAGUGGCGAUUACCUCACUCACCUCCAUCCAAACCUGUGGAUUAACCUUAUAAUUGUUUAUAAAAAUAGGAUGGUUUAAAUGGCGUUUGCGCCACUUCUGAUGGAUGAUGAAUAGUCCUGUUGCGUGCAGAGACUGACGUUACCAGUGAUUACCGUCGCAUUAACUCCACCAAAAUCAAAGUUGAUUCAUCAACAAAAGGUCAGUGCGUUAAGUUGAGCGUGUAUUAUGUGAAGUGAAAGUGAAGGAUCCGAAAGAACACAGGACGGCAACAUUGAAAAUGCCUGCCAUUGGUACAUCGUCCCGGAUGCUAGGCGUUUUUGCUCUGGUCAUCGUCAGCAACGCUGUCCUCAGUUACGGCGCUCAACACAGUAGUAGUGGAAAAACUUCGGAGUCUUCCCAUCAAAAUGCCGUCGACGACCCAAAUUCCAGAACAGGGCCCUAUUUCGAUAUGGCAGCAUCGAAAAAUGUUACCGCACUGCUGGGAAAAACAACGUACCUCAACUGUCGAGUGAAGAACUUGGGCAACAAGACCUCGGUGGCGUUACAAGUGUCAUGGGUGAGACACAGAGACAUUCAUCUGCUGACACUCGGACGUUACACGUACACCAGUGACCAGCGAUUUCGUGCCAUUCACAACGUUCAUUCUGACGAUUGGACGCUACAAAUAAAGUUUCCACAGUUGCGGGACAGCGGUAUAUACGAGUGCCAAGUCUCAACUACACCGCACAUGAGUCAUUUUGUUCAUCUCAACGUUGUCGAACCAACAACCGAGAUUCUGGGGGGUCCAGAUCUGUACAUCGAUCACGGUAGUACGAUUAACCUCACAUGCGUCGUUCUCAAUAGCCCAGAGCCACCAGCCUAUAUAUAUUGGAAUCACAAUGAUGCGAUAAUAAGCUACGAUUCUGGCAGAGGUGGGGUUUCGGUGGUUACGGAAAAGGGAGAAACGUCAACUAGUUUUUUACUCGUCCAGUACGCGACACCAGCUGAUUCUGGACAAUACACGUGCAAUCCAAGCAACGCUCAACCAAAAUCCAUCACCGUGCACGUCCUCAAUGGAGAGUAUCCAGCAGCAAUGCAGCACGGUGGUCAAGCUAAGCAGCCACGAUUAUACUCUCUGCUGCUCUGUCUCUGUCUACUUCUCUACUAAAGAGUGUACACACCUAUUAACAAUUAACAAACUAGAUGCUCCUCAUGGUCUGCGAGCCAGAGUGAAGUAUCAGGGGAAGGGGAGGGGGCGGCUAAAAGCCUUACGGUAAUUAAACCACUGUAUAAACAUAUAUAAAUCGUACACCUUUAGCUGUUUAGGGAGGUAUAUGAGUCAAGGGAGAAUCACACUCUCGUGACGGAGUUUUAAAGGUCUUUGGAAACUGGGGUAAUUUGAGGAUUAUUAAAACCAUCAAGAAUUGGCUUUUUACCACAUCACAGGAUCUGCAUAUUUGCGGAGUCAUUGUGUUGCUGAUGAGAAAUACAGCUCAUACAGCAUCACAUUAAUUCAUUAACUUGAUUUCUCAGUACAUGUUCAGCAGUUUUGAACAACCAGAGACAAGUGAAAUUGCUUUUUAUUUAUGGAGAUGAGUCUCAUGCAUACGUCAUUGUAAAUGACAUUGCUUUUCUCCCAUUAACUUUUUUAAAUUUGUCAUUUCUGAAUUGUGAGAGACGUCACGAAAAUUGAAUUUUAAUAAAAAUUACAUCGUUAUAGGGAAAUUGAUAUUUUAAUGUUGUCUUUAAAUAUAAACGUGGUAUGAAAAGUCAUACAGACUUAUUCUGACACACGACACGUGUCAUGUCACAGCACAUUAUUUCGUUAAUUAAAAAUCUAAUUAUAUAGGGAAGAUGUUUCACAACAACAAAAAUAACUUGGGCAGUUUUCAUUAACGGAAGUAAGUCUCGUUUUUUCUUCGUUGAUUUUAUCAAAAUUUUUCAAUGACUAAAGCUUCAAAGUCUAAAUAUAUUCCCAAGUCCAUGAAUUUUUCAAAAUCAGUCCACAGUAACUCCGAAUAAUUUCUAAAAACAGAUCGCCGCAUCCUGUGCUCUAAUUUCGGUCGACAACUAAGUAACAAACAAUUGUCCAUCACUCGAUAAAGUUUACUUGAGCCCUUCCGAUAGAAUGUUUCCGACUAUUGAAACUGUAAAAGCCAUCGAACACCAUUCCCUUCGAUUGACAGUCUUAAUCGAUUUUCCUUUACGACUUCCGUAAAAUGGGGAGCAAUGAAACUGGAACAAUGUAAUACAUCUGAAGACGGCUAUUUGCUGAUUCUCCGAUGCAUUAUGCUCUCUCGAGUGUUAAUGAGUGGUAUAAAAUCGUGAGAUUUUCUUAAUGAAAAAUAGGAAUAUUGGAGCAGGAACACUCGUUGAAAUGAGUAAAGAAAAAAAGGUUGUGAAUGAAGGGGGUGGAGAGGAAAUGGCUUGCCGUCCUUUCCGCCUCAAGAAUUCCGACUUCACUGGGUUUGAAAAACCCCCUCGAGAUGGCAAGAAGGAGACUGAUUGCUCCACAAAGCGGCUCGUUCUUCUGGCUAUCCCAUUGUUCUCGUGGACAAUUUCGUCGUUCAUUCCGACAGAAUAAGAUGAUGAUUCAAAUUGAAGGCGCGUGGGUAAAAGAAAAUCAAGUGGAGUGUUCUUUAAUUUCAAUUGUUUUCUGAAAAAUAGGGCCAGUGAUUGUUUCAAAUGGCCGAGACCUGGAGGAGCAUGUCAAUGACAUCGAUGACAGAGUAUUAUUAGAAUAAUUAACCCCCUCAAAAUGACGUCAAAAUUCAUUCAGAGUCAGAGUGGGCGAAAGUCAAUUUUUCACGAUUUUUAUUUCACUAAGAGGAUAAUCCAUUGGAACUUUUCAUUCACUCCCUUUGGUAGCUAUUGGUUGAUUGCGUUGAACGCAACUACUAGUGAUUUUCAAUAGGGAAGAACGAGGAGAAAUAUUCCCGAUUUCGAUUCAGUAUAACAGAACACUUCAUUGAUUUUUUUUUUUUUACUUUUUUCCUCUGGCUACCAUUCUCAUACUUGAAUCAGCCCGUAAAAUAAAUAACCAUCAAACCUCAUCUGCGUAAAAUCAAAUAUUUCUUUUUCAUUCCCCUAAAAUAUCUCCACCGUAGCUUUAUAGACUUGUUUACAUACGAAAACAAUUCAUACACGAUUCGAUAAAAGUGCAAUGUUUUUUUUCCCCCCUGGCGGAAGGGGAGAAAAAUACCGACUUUUGUAUGAUACAUUUUCAUACUGUUUUUACUGAUCGUAAAUUUUCUUCCUCGACGACGUCGCGUUCAUAUGCAUUCGAGAUUGAAUAGAAUUUUUAGGUAUGGAUAAGCAUACGCAUGCAUGAAUUUUUCAAUUUAACCUGCAUGAAAAAAAAAAAAGGGCGAACAAUGACUGUAAAACCUUGGGAAGCGAGAGGGAAAUUGCGUUUCUACAAUUUUUAUUGGAAAUCGAGGAAAAAUGCGAGAUAACUGGGGCCUAUUCUAGUCUUGUGGAAGGAACAAACUGAUCCUGCGAUCACGAGAUAGACAAGGGAUGAAAUCAUCGGCUACUGCCCCUUUCGAGGCUGUGGCAACCCCAGAUUUUUCAAAUUCCUCGAGACCGAGACUCAUUUAGCUCUCCUGCCCAUCCCCAAGACAAAAUAAUUCCUCAUUACCCAAUUAUUCUAAUGACAAACCCUUGACUCAUAUUCCACGUGUGUAAUUCAUCAUAAUUCAGCCACAAUCGACCCCAAAACCAAAGAACUAAAAAAAUGUAAAUAUGUAUCAUUAAAAUGCUUUAGUUAUUUAGUUUUUCGACAAUACAUGCUCCCAUUAAAAGGAGUAUUAUUGCCUGCCGCCUUCAUCAUUCUCAUUGACUCUCAUUUUUCAUUAAUUUUAAAUUAUUUUUUUAUACAGAAUAAUUGAUGAUAAAAAAAAACCUUUAACGUAAUUACUGCAUAUUCUUUUCGUCAAUGCAUGUGAUAAUGAGAGAAUGAUAAAUAAUGUGAGUGAGAGAAAUAUCGAAAAACGUCAGAAUUUUUUCUAAUAUUAAAGAUGAAACUAAAAAUUAUAAAUGAACUAUUAAGAAAAAUGAUAAAUACUAAAGUCAUUUUAAAACAAUGCCGUCAUCUCUCUCUCUCUCUUUCUCUCUCUAAAGACUCCGUUAUUAUUUGCAGUUAAUUAAUGAGAUGAAAAAAUGAAAAUAUAAGUAAAGGUUAAUGUAACAAUAUCGAAUGGCGUAUCCUAUGAAUAAUCACUAACAACCAAAAAGAAAAAUAUUUCGAAUAAAAAAAAAACGUUCAUGUCACUAUAUAAACGUAUAAGGCUAGUCAGUGUAAAGUUUUAUGGUAAAACCCGAGCGUGAUUGCGUGCUGAGGAUUAAUUGAUAUUAAUUAAGAUUCAAAUACUGAAGGGAGAGAUUAGGUGGCUGGUGUGUGCGUGUGUGUGUGCAAUGAGCGCAUGUGCAGACUUGAUGACAUGUACCUGCACGAUUCGACGCUAUUGGACAUUUAAAAAUUCCCUGAUCACGAAAUAUUAUCUUUCGGGAUCCCUAUAUUUGUUAUUUAACUUGUUUUCCUCAAUUUUUGCAAACUAGGGGAGAGGGGACUAAGUGACAACGACGUCGGAUCGUUAUGGCACGGGGAAAACCAUUCUGGGGUGGAGAAUAUUUUAACCAAUUGUUGGAAUAUUGAUAUUUUUAUAUAGAUUGACCCAUUAGAAUUUUUUUGAAAAUGCAGGGAAUUUAUUUAUUACUUUGUGUCCCUUGGAAAUUGAAAAAAAUCAUAAAAAUUAAAUACAAUAAAUUUCGUUCAAUUUGAAAUCAUUCCUUUAAAAUAAUAUUCUCCAUUCUAAAUAAUUCUCAUCUCCGUGCGAAGAUUGGAUCAAUGGUAAUCGAGAAUAGAAGGAUUUAUCACUGUACUGAGCGCAUGAAUGACACGAGAAUUUACGAGAGAUUAAAAAAAUAUUUAAAGGUGUGAUAACAUAACGGCGAGUAAAAAGUGUAAAUAGUGAAUAAAGAAAAAAAUGUUACUCUAGGAUUAAUCAAUGGAUCAACGCGAAAAUCAUAACAGAUGUAAGACUUCCUCUGAGACUGCAUUAAUAUCUUCUUUCAAAGAUAAAACAUCAUUGCCACGUAAACUGUCCGAAAUGUCAAUGACGAUUUUAUUGUGUAAUUGCUCAUCGAUGCGUCGCUCAUUAUUGUUUUUUAAUCGAAGUCAGGGAAGGGCUGAUAAACGACUCCGUGGGUGCAAUAAUCGCCCGCUUGCGAAGUUGAAAAAAAUAAGUCAAUGUAGACCACAUGGAUUUGUUUUUAAAAAAUCCGUGAAAAUGUCACGUUUCAUCAGAAUUUUAUAUUUUCUGUGAAAAUUUUUAGCGAUUCAUCAGAAUUCAAGGCAAAUCCUCAUGCUAACUCUCAUAAUAAUGCAUUUGUUGAUGCGUUUGUGAAUGUAUCAAUAAUAUUUCAACGCUAAUAUUAUUAUCCCACAAUAUGUCGAAGUAUUAUCAACCAAAAUAAAUUGCAAAAGCUCCCCAGGCUGGUCAAACUGACCUGAAAAAACCCAUUACCAAAUUUUAAUUUGCAACUUGAAAACACAACAAUGGGAAAUUAAAUUCCCAUUGCAUCAUCAAAGGAAGGGUCAUUGAAAAAUUAUCGCCCAGACGCGAGUGUAAAUAAUCUAUCUAUGAAAAAUUGUGAAAAAAAAUAAUAUGAAAAAUCUAAAAAAUGGUUAUCACAUUUUCGCGUACGAUGGUAAGACUGGCAAUCAAUAAAUUGCCUGGAGUUCAGUGGUCUAGAAAGAUUACGACAAUAUACACACGACAUUUCGUUGAGAACUUUUUCGCCUGAGAAUGUGUCGUAAAUAUAAGGGGGGGGAUAUACAUGAAAAAAAAAUGAGAAUGACUGUCUUUUACUUCACUCAUACGUACCGUUUUAGAUAGGAUGAAGGAUUAAUGUAAGUGUUUCAUCUAGCCAAUACAAUGUAUAUUGUAAUCUAUCAUCAGAAAUAAAUUAUCGACAGUAA